AGCCGUGCGCUACGAGCUUUCGUUUGCUACGAAAUAUUUGCUACGAAGCCUAACUAAGAACUUCAAUAUUCUGGAUCUAAUGUGCUAUAGAAUAAGUUUUUUAUAGUGUGUGUGAAUAUUUAAAGUGUAUGAGAAAUUAGUGGCAAUUAGAUAGUGAACUUAUAAUUGUUAUAAAAUGAAGUUUAAAAGUAUGUGUAUGAUAUUUAGGAUCUUACUUCUGUUUUCACCACAAGGGUCACUCAGUCUCCGCAACGUGUACAUGGCAAUACCAGAAGCCACCGAGCGAGGCAAGCCAGUAGCCAUCAAAUGUAUGUACGACUUAGAAAACGAAGACCUGUACCAAGUGAAGUGGUAUCGAGGUGAUCGUGAGUUCUACCGGUAUUCACCUCGAGACGUGCCGCCGUCGAAAGUUUUCCCUAUCCAUGGAAUAGAAGUUGACCGUGACGAGAGUGAUGCAAUGCGGUUGACGAUAAAGGCAGCGACGCAGGAAGUCAACGGGAGGUAUACUUGCGAGGUGUCCGCAGACGCGCCCUCCUUCCUCACAGCUCAGGUGCACGGAACUCUGAGAGUCGUAGAUCUUCCAAAAGGGGAUCCAGAGUUGAACGGCUUAAAGCCAAGUUAUCGGCCAGGGAUGAAGCUCAAAGCAGAAUGUAUUAGUCGCGACUCCAUGCCACCGGCUAAUCUGUCAUUCUUUGUGAAUAAUGAACCCGCACUCUCUCAACACGUGUGGCAUCGCGUGGGGGCGGGCGAUAAUGGAAGCUUGUGGACCGCCUACAGUACAAUACAGUUUGUUGUACAGAAACACCACUUCAUUAGGGGCAAAAUUAAGAUCCGGUGUGCAGCGUAUAUAUUCUCCGUGUACUUCAGGAGUUACGAGAAGUCGGCUCUAGAGGAAGAGAUGAUGACGACAACCAUAUCAGCAUUGCCUGAGACGAAAGAAGCCAUUGUGUAUCCCAUUCAUCGUAUAUCUGACAAUAGUGUACCUGGUAAUAACGGAAUAUUACCGCAGGUGAUAAAUAGCUGUCUAGGAAUUAUUCUAAUUAUUAGCUAUGUUAUUAGAUAAGUAGAAUGAUAUAAACUGGAACAACUUACCUGUCUAAUCUCAAUGUACAUAUACAAAGCCCUCAAUUUUUGAUGCAUUCUUUAACUUCUGGUUUACAUAACAAAAUAACGCCAUGUAAAGAUUAAUACUAAAGGAAUUCGUUAUGAAUUUUUUUUUAACAUGAUUUGUAAUUGAAACGGAAAAUGUGUAAAUAUUGUUUAUUAAUAAAGGAAUUUUUAUUUUCA